AUGACCACCGUCAGCGGGACCAGCACCACAACGACCUCAAUCAGCGAGACCAGCAGCACGACACAGACCAGUCGUUCUCAGACCAGUAGUGUGAGCACGGUGACCGAGACCAGCAGCGUGUCUGCAACCACAGAAAGUGCGACGAGCAGCACCACAGGGUCAAACACGAGUGGGACCAGCAGCAUUUCCGUGUCCACAUCGAGUGCGACGAGCAGCACAAGCGUGACCACCGUCAGCGGGACCAGCACCACGCCGACCUCAAUCAGCGAGACCAGCAGCACGACACAGACCAGUCGUUCUCAGACCAGUAGUGUGAGCACGGUGACCGAGACCAGCAGCGUGUCUACAACCACGGUGACUGCGACGAGCAGCACCACAGGGUCAAACACGAGUGGGACCAGCAGCACUUCCGUGUCCACAUCGAGUGCUACGAGCAGCACAAGCGUGACCACCGAGAGCGGGACCAGCACCACACCGACCACAAUCAGCGAGACCAGCAGCACGACAUUGACAAGUCGUUCUCAGACCAGUAGUGUGAGCACGGUGACCGAGACCAGCAGCGUGUCUGUUACCACAGAGAGCGCGACGAGCAGCACCACCGGGUCAAGCACGAGUGGGACCAGCAGCAUUUCGGCCUCCACAUCGAGUGCGACGAGCAGCACAAGCGUUACCACCAUCAGCGGGACCAGUACCACAACGAACACAAUCAGCGAGACCAGCAGCACGACAGAGUCAAGUCGUUCUCAAACCAGUACUGUGAGCACGGUAACCGAGACCAGCAGUAUGUCUUCUACCACAAAGACUGCGACUAGCAGCACCACCGGGUCAAACACGAGUGGGACCAGCAGCACGUCUGUGUCCACAUCGAGUGAGACGACCAGCACAAGCGUGACCACUGCUAGCGAGACCAGCACUACAGCGACCACAAUCAGCGAGACCAGCAGCACGACAUGGACAAGCUUUUCUGAGACCAGCAGUGUGAGCACGGUGACCGAGACCAGCAGCGUGUCUGCAACCACAGAAAGUGCGACGAGCAGCACCACAGGGUCAAACACGAGUGGGACCAGCAGCACCUCUUUGUCCACAUCGAGUGCGACGAGCAGCACAAGCGUGACCACCAUCAGCUGGACCAGCACCACAACGACCACAAUCAGCGAGACCAGCAGCACGACACAGACCAGUCGUUCUCAGACCAGUAGUGUGAGCACGGUGACCGAGACCAGCAGCGUGUCUGCAACCACGGUGAGCGCGACGAGCAGCACCACCGGGUCAAGCACGAGUGGGACCAGCAGCACUUCGGUGUCCACAUCGAGUGCGACGAGCAGCACAAGCAUGACCACCAUCAGCUGGACCAGCACCACAACGACCACAAUCAGCGAGACCAGCAGCACGACACAGACCAGUCGUUCUCAGACCAGUAGUGUGAGCACGGUGACUGAGACCAGCAGCGUGUCUGCAACCACAGAGAGUGCGACGAGCAGCACCACAGGGUCAAGCACGAGUGGGACCAGCAGCACUUCGGUGUCCACAUCGAGUGCGACGAGCAGCACAAGCGUGACCACCGUUAGCGGGACCAGCACCACAACGACCACACUCAGCGAGACUAGCAGCACGACACAGACCAGUCGUUCUCAGACCAGUAGUGUGAGCACGGUUACCGAGUCCAGCAGCGUGUCUACAACCACGGUGAGCGCGACGAGCAGCACCACCGGAUCAACACCACGUCGUCAAGCACGAGUGGGACCAGCAGCAUUUCUGUGUCCACGUCGAGCGGGACGAGCAGCACAAGCGUGA